AUGGAAGCAGUUAAGGACAUUAAGGAGACAGUGGCCGUGGACCUGGGUGCCCUGCUGGACGCGGGCGAUGGUGCCAUAGUCACUUUGGUGGCGGGCGGCACGCGGCUGGUGGCUCACAGGGCCGUCCUCACAGCGAGGAGCCCCGUCUUCGCCGCCAUGUUUGGCCACGACACGCUGGAGGCCAGCAGCGGCCAGGUGGCCAUCCCUGACGUGGAGGGCCCCAUUCUGCGCCAGCUGCGGGCCUACCUCUAUACCCGGCAGGCCCCCCAGCUGCCAGCCAUGGCCGCCCAAAUGCUGGCCGCCGCUGACAAAUACGGAUUGCCGGACCUGAAAGCUGACUGUGAGCGGCACGUGGCAGCGCAGCUAGAUGUGGAGACGGCAGCGGCCACCGCAGUGCUGGCGGUGAGGCACUCAUGCCCCGAUCUGGCUGCGACCGCAGUCGCCUUCAUAAGGGCCCACGACUACCUGGUGAUGGCGACGCAGGGCUGGGCAGACGCAGUGGUGAAUCAGCCCAAAGACGUGCUCGAAGUGAGUCGUCUGCUUGCACAGCCACCACACAGUACCAGACCUGCCACACCUACACCGACCACGGCUGCCUGCCACACUCCUCCACCAGAAGCCGACGCAGUCUCUUCCAUGGGGAAUCUUUCUGCAGAGGAGAAGAGCAGGAGGCUGAUCCAGGUGGCUGAGGAAGGAGCAGUGGAGGAGUUGAUGGCGCUACUCGCGGUGGGAGCGGAUGUGUUGGCGAGGGGUGGAGAGGGGGAGACGUGCCUGCACCGGGCAGCGCGGAGGGGACAGGUGGAGGCGGCGAGGCGUCUCCUCGAGAAUGGGGCAGAGGUGGACAGCAGGAACUCCAGGCAGAGCACGCCACUGCACUUGGCUGCAGAGAGCGGCCACGCGGCUGUCGUGCGGCUGCUGUUGUCUUCUGCUGCCGACCCUAACGCCAGGAACCAGUAUGAGAAGACGGCGCUGCACUAUGCGGCACAGUACGGUCACACAGACGUGGUGCGGCUGCUCCUGACCUCCUCACCCUACCACAAUGCCAGGAAUCAAAAUGGGUGGACACCGCUGCACCUCGCAGCUUACAGUGGCCACACUGCGGCUGCGAUUGUGUUGCUGGAGGCUGGGGCUGACAGGGGCGCUAGAAAUAACAGUGGGAACACACCGCUGGACAUCGCCAGGCAGAACGACCGCCAGCAGCUGUUAGACUUGCUAAGAUGA